AAAAUUGUUCUCUCUUGUUUUCUCGCUCUGCAAGAACUUCACCUCUUUCCCCUCCACUUCUCCUCUUCGGAUCGAAUUCCACCCACCAUCCCAGAAAAUCAAAAACAAAUUCAUUCAUCCAUACUCAAUACUUUGCCCUUAUUCGAAUUCGGAGAAGAGGUUCUGUUUCCCCAGAAUUCGAUGCCAAGAGCUGUAAUUCGCUAUCUCCAUCUCUGUCAAUUGCGUUCGCGGGGGUCAAGUUAGUGGUCUUUUUUGGGUUAUUUGGUGGUCGUAGGGUUUGAUUAUCUCCGAUCCAGGUUAUUCUUCUUUGAUUCAUCCUGUUUCUUUCUUUGCCCUAUUCGAUUUGUUGCAAACCCUAGUUUUGAUUUGAAUAGUGGAAAUUCUUUGAUUCGUUGUGUACUGAUUAAUUCGAUGACACCGUAGUUUCUUGUUCCAAUUUUGUAGUUGAUGAUAGGAUCGUUAUUGCAAGAAAAACUCUGUGAAAUUUUUGGUGCGUUGUUUUAGUUAGCAUUCCAAAAUCGAGGGUUUUCUUGUCAGGUUAGGAAAUCCACUAAUUUGCCAUUUUCUUGUUCUUUUCUUCUCUAAUAUCUAUUCCUGAUUUGUCUUCCUUCAAAUAUAUAAGAAAAAUCAUCUUCUUCA